AUGGGCGCCGGGAUCAGGAUCUUGGCGGCGCUCCUGGCGUUGCUCGCGGCUGCCGGCGGCGGCGGCAUGAUGCGCUGCGCGGCGCAGCAGCUCAGCGCGACCUACUACGACACCAUCUGCCCCGGCGUGGAGAAGAUCGUGCGCGACGCCGUGACGCUCAAGGUCCAGCAGACGCCCGUCGCCGUCGGCGCCACCGUCCGCCUCUUCUUCCACGACUGCUUCGUCCAGGGAUGCGACGCGUCGGUCAUCAUCGUGUCGUCGGGGAACAACACGUCGGAGAAGGACAACCCGGCCAACAAGUCCCUGGCCGGCGACGGCUUCGACACCGUCAUCCAGGCCAAGGCGGCGGUGGACGCUGUGCCGCAGUGCACCAACCAGGUGUCGUGCGCGGACAUCCUCACCAUGGCCACCCGGGAUGUCAUCGCCUUGGCCGGCGGCCCGGAGUACCCGGUGGAGCUGGGCAGGCUGGACGGGCUGAGCUCGACGUCGGCCAGCGUCGACGGGAACCUGCCGCCGCCGUCCUUCAACCUGGACCAGCUCACGGCCAUCUUCGCCGCCAACAACCUGUCGCAGGCCGACAUGGUUGCCCUCUCCGCGGCUCACACGGUGGGGUUCGCGCACUGCGGCACGUUCGCGGACCGGAUCCAGCCGGCGGCGGCGGACCCGACGAUGGACCCCGGGUACGGGUCGCAGCUGCUGGCGGCGUGCCCGCCGGGCGUGGACGUGAACGUGGCGGUGGACCUGGACCCGGAGACGCCCAAGGUCUUCGACAACCAGUACUUCAUCAACCUGCAGAAGGGGAUGGGCCUGCUCGGCUCCGACCAGGUGCUCUACGCCGACGCCCGCUCCCGCCCGCUCGUCGACAACUGGGCGGCCAACAACACCGACUUCCUCGCCGCCUUCGCCGCCGCCAUGACCAACCUCGGCCGCGUCGGGGUCAAGACGGACCCGGCGCUCGGCAACAUACGCCGGGACUGCGCCGUGCUCAACGGCUGAUUGCAUUUCUUGGGGCGUCGAUUUGUUCAUAGUUAGUUUGGCCACUCGAUGGGGUGGUGCUGAAAUUAUAUACAAGGAGUAGCUUUCAGAGCACAAGGCUAGUUCUAAUCCAUCGGAAGGCUAAUGGAAUGCUGUUGAGCAUUAUUGU